UCCGAGGAGGCCCUCUCCCCUGGGAAGACGACUCUUUCCGAACUGUUGUUCGGUCGUAGCUUUGAAUCCAGAGAGAGAGACAAGAGGAAGGAGCAAAUGGUGACAUCGCCGGUGGUGAACACUUACCCCCUCUCGAGCUACACCUUCGGUACGAAGGAGCCGAAGAUGGAGAAGGACACUUCUGUCGCCGAUCGCCUCGCUCGUAUGAAAGUCAAUUAUAUGAAAGAAGGCAUGAGGACAAGCGUUGAAGCAAUCCUACUAGUGCAAGAGCAUAACCAUCCUCACAUUCUACUUCUACAAAUUGGAAACACCUUUUGCAAGCUCCCUGGUGGGCGUCUGAAGCCUGGAGAAAAUGAAAUUGAAGGUUUGAAAAGGAAAUUGUCAAGCAAACUGGGUGCUAAUUCUCCUUCAUUGCAACCGAACUGGCAGAUUGGUGAGUGUGUGGCCAUCUGGUGGAGGCCAAACUUUGAAACUAUAAUGUACCCCUAUUGUCCUCCACACAUCACAAAGCCUAAGGAGUGUAAAAAGCUUUUCCUUGUUCACCUGUCUGAGAGAGAGUACUUUGCAGUACCCAAAAAUUUGAAACUGCUGGCUGUUCCCCUUUUUGAGCUCUACGAUAAUGUUCAGAGAUAUGGGCCGGUUAUAUCAACAAUUCCACAGCAGCUUUCCAGGUUUCAUUUCAACAUGAUCUACCCAUGAAGUAUGAAGCUUGCAGGUGUUUGCUAACGGAGUUCCUGGUCAGCAGAUUGACAUAUUAACCAAGCUAAUGCAACUUAGGCUACAUAUUUUGUUCCGGCAUCCAUUAUCUGGUCUCAGAAGAGUAGUAGUAUUCUGCCUGCUGGACCAAGGUCACGGUAAUCAAUACUUGUUAGUCAGUUCUGCAGUUUGGAAUUUGAAUCGUGCGUGUAUGGGUGUCGGUUAGGUUCCCUGAUGUGGUCAACUGACAGUUUAGUUCAAGGUUAGAGAAUUAAAGGCCCAAUUGGUAAACAAAGCUGUAAUUUAUUUUCAAGUGACCAUGAAUAUGCGGUAUGUAUGUAUUUUGGUUGAAAUUACUAGUUGGUUUAUUUGCCAAUGCUAAGUUUGUUUGUCAGGUGUGAAGAAAAUAUUCAGAAGGGAUUUGAAUUUUGUUGUUUGAUUUGUACUCGUGUCUUCUGAUUGUGAAGGAAGCAGUAGCAGAAGGGCAUGAUGAA